AAUAGUAAUUUAAAUCCCAGAUGUCUUGUGCGGCUUAUGUAAGCUGCUCUCCAUAACAUGGAGCAAUGUACACUGAUCAGCUAUAACAUUAUGACCACUGAUGAUGAUCUCAUCAUGGCACCUGUUAGUGGGCGGGAUAUAUUAGGCAGCAAGUGAACAUUUUGUCCUCAAAGUUGAUGUGUUAGAAGCAGGGAAAAUGGACAAGCGUAAGGAUUUGAGCAAGUUUGACAAAGGGCCGAAUUGUGAUUGUGACCACUGGAUCAAUGCAUCUCCAAAACUGCAGCUCUUGUGGGGUGUUGCGGGUUCUGUAAGAAUCCUUAAAGAGGCCCAUUGAGUCCCCACUUUGCAACUUACUUAGAACUUAAAGGAUCUGCUGCUAACAUCUUGGUGCCAGAUACCACAGCAUACCUUCAGGGAUCUAGUGAAGUCCAUGACAUGACAGAUCAGGGCUGUUUUAGCAGCAAAAGGGGGGCCAACACAAUAUUAGAUGAGGAUUUUGCCACAGCUCCUCCAAACAAAAAAGCCAGAGGUGUUCAGGAAUGCCAGCCAGACAAAACCAGGAAAAACCAGCUGGUUGAUUUAACAACUAAAGCACGCAAAGAGAGAGUGUCUCUGGAUGAAAAACUGUAUAAGAGAGAUUUAGAAACUGCUCUGAUUAUGUCUCAGCUUGAGUCUACAGAAAAGCUCGGGGAGCCAAUCAGCAGCAGAUUAGAUGAAAAAUUAGAGCCCCAGGAAGACGUGCCACCGGUGCUGACACACUUCAGUGUUGAUGGCAGCUGCUUUGAUGGUAAUAAACCUCCAAGUGAGCCUUCUGAAGACGCGCCCCCUGUUCUGUCAAACUGUAGCGUGGACGUCACCAGCUUCGGUUUAGAUCAGAUCAGCAGUGAGCAGACGCCCUCAUCUUUAUGCACGAAGAGAAAGUCCCAAAAAGUGACUGAGAAACAGAGUGAACAGAACGAAGAGGAUGAAGACUACAGACCUCAGAACACACCUGAGAGUGAAUCAGAGUUCAGUGACUUGGAGGAGAGCGAAGAUGAAGAAUACACAGUGAAAAGAAAACAAGAUAAAAGGAAAAUGUCUAAGAAGGAGAAAAAGACAUCACCUAAAGCUGUUAAGAAAGAGAAGAAGCCAGCGAAACCGGCUAAAACCAAACCCCAGUCCAGAGUCAAAAACUCAGCAUUGAGUAGUCCAGGAGUCAGGAGUCCAUCUGCUGCUCAGCCUCUUUCUGCACUGAACAGAAGUCCCAGCACUCCUCCUGUGAAUAAAUCUGCUCUCCAUUCCAGUCCUGCUGGGGGCAGGAUGCCAAAGUGGACUCCUCCUGGUUUGAUAGGAAGGAGCUCUAGCUCAUGUCAGAGUCCUCCCCUAAAGUCUCCCGGACUCGGUCUGCGAUUAGGACUGUCCCGUCUGGCUCGAGUUAAACCCCUGCAUCCCAAUAGUGUUGCACAUUAGACGCUUUUUGUCUAAAAAAUCUAUUAUUUUGAAUAGAAUCUGUACAGCUAAUGACUGAGUCUUCACUUUUUUUAAUUGAAAAGCAUUUAAUCAAUAUAUUUUCUUGUUUUUAUGUGUUUUUGUGUAUUUGUCUUUGUGCUGUGGAAAUUAAAGGUGUACAUUAUAUUUUUGUCAUGGCUCAGUGGAGGUCUCUGUAUCAUAGAUCUGAAACCGGGGUUUUGGACAGAUUUGGGAUGGUUCAGAUGUGACGCAGACUGACAGCUUGAAUGAAAUUGUAACGUAUUACAGUUUAUGUUGGCUUGACGAAUCCAAUGUAUACUGUCGUCUGUUUUAAACGUAACCUCAUUAUUAUUCCGAGACCCGAAAUUUCUACAUCCACCAAACCUGACACAGUUUCAUUUGUUUCAUUGUUCAGUGUCAUAGAAAUUUUGUUCCCUAAGGUAAAUAUAAAAUCAGUUAGUCACAGAGAGCGGAAACAAAGAAAAAUGUUUUAUUGAGCUCAGUGGUGUCUUCAGAAACUCAGUUUGCAAGGCUGUGCCGCUGAAGAGACAACUCCCCCUCCCUUCUGCUCUCUCUUAUACUCUCAAGGUUCCAUACCAGGAUCAGCCUUGCCUAGGCUGGGGGAGUCAACACUAGGGUUGCAAAGGGGCGGAAUAUUUCCAUGGGAACUUCAUCUCGGGAAUUUUGGAAAUAUUCCAAGUUGGAAACUUAACAGGAAUUUAUGACAAUUAAUGGGAAUUUAUUUAAAUUAUUUAGAAAUUUGGGGAAAUUUAUAUAAACUGUAUAUGCAAACAUAAAUAUAAUCAUUUAGUUUGGUCAUAAGCAGACAUGCAAGCAAAGUAAUGCAAGCAGAAAUGAGAUUUUUGACUCUGAUUUAAUUAUUAAUUAUUAAUUAAAGUAGAACUUUAAUUCUUUCAAUCAACAACACAAAAGCAUAAAUGUUGAAUUAAAAAAAAACUAAAAAACAAACAUAAAAUGGAAGCAUCCCCCUAGUCAACACCUACUAUCGGGUAUUGCUAAUAACAUUCACAGAGUUUGGUUGGCACCAGAUGUUUCCUAUCUUCUACAGAUUCUCUGUUGCUAACUCUAAGUUUUUGCAAAAGCUGAGCAGGACAUUCUGUUCUGGGAGUUAUCUUGAAGGAGUACAGCCUGCACAAGGUCACAUACACAGAAACUCACUUAUUGAAUACAGGAUUAUUAUUGAGUAAACACACUUGUAUUAAACUUUUACAUUUCCACUAUAUUUCCCUCCUCUUGUUCCAAAAGGAACAAUCAAAAAUUCAUUCAUUUUCUAAACCCAGUGUAUUUUAACUGUAAUAGAAAGUCAUGUAAUAAACACAAAGAAAUUGUACAGCCUCACUGAGCUGGAGUUUGGUGCUUGAAGUAAGAGACAGGCGGGUCAGAGCUAUCAAUAAGAUGAGACAUGAGACAUCUUCACUGUUUUUUUGCCCAGAGCAGAAUUGUCUUUGAGAAGUUCUGAAAGGAGAGGUUGUCUUUUGGUGCCUUCGAGCUUUCUCUUACAGAUUUUGCACUGUGGGUGAUGGCCAAGAAGACAACUGCUUGUGGUUGCACCACAGUGUUCCCCGACGCUUGCCCCCUCUUCUUGGGAAUAAUCAGUUCCAGUACCGCCUCUAGGAGCUCAUCAGUUGAGCUGACAUAGUCUCCCCCUGUGUGGUGGGUCCAAGGACACAGGCAGGAACCUUUUUAGAAGUUGUUUUGAUGAUAUCAAUCGAUACUGGGAGAUGAAAGCUUCGGUGUAUUGUGUGCCCCACUGAGUUACAGUUUCACUCUCAUAACUAUAAGGUCUGGUUCGGCUAUCAGGAGGAAUCUGAUUGAGCUAGUGAGUUGUGCCUCGAAUUGAUUGACAAACCUGUGUUUUACUGGUCACUAGGGUGGUGUUUCCAAAACGCUAGUGGUUAGUCCGUGACCAUGAAUCUUCACCCUACUUUGUCUGGUGAGGUUUUACCCUUCUUCCGUAUAUUGGAAGAAGCACCAAUAUAUGGAAGAAACGACAAAAGGCUCCACCGAGGCUCCACCACACCAUAUUACUCAUAGGAACUUAGCUUGACUCCGGGAGGGAAAAAUGGCACCACCCAACUGGUUCAACAGCACUUUUUUUUAUGAUAUCAGUUGUGUCCAAGUGUAUACGUGUUAUCAGAAGGUCAACUAAGCUUGUGCCCCGUAAAUGGUCUUCUUGGGGAGUCGAGGUAAUGACUGAUAGUUCAGCAAUCAGGAAAUAAGUUUGGUUUAUGUCUUUUUCGCUUGCUUCUGGGUGUAUAUUUACCACCAAUUUCCGUGCUACAAUGGUUAGAUCACUACCGUGGAUGUUAUUCUCCUUUACUGUCAUGAGGAGACUCUGGCAACGCUGAAUCAAUUCAAUUGGAGGUUUGAGGUGCAGUGCUGCCUCGUUCCGGAGUUCGUUGUGUAUCCUCCACCACAGGCUCAUGCUCUGUCUUUUUCUCCUUUCCUGGCAUCUCCUGAGUCCUGUCUCGGUACAGGCACUCGUUUGCAGUGGCUGGCGUGAAUCCUGGUAGCUCUUUCGGCGACAUUUACCGCGCUGGGUGUGGUCAGUAGAAUCUGGAAUGGACCUUGUCAGCGCUUAGCUCUCCAGCUCUUCCUCCAGAAGUCCUUCACCUCAACCCACUCACCAGGUUUCAGGUCAUGCAGCGCUUCUUGGUUGGGUUUCGGCAGUGUGUCUUUUACCUGUUUGUGAACAUCAGAUAACACAGAAGACAAGUUUAUGCAAUAGUUCAAUAUUUUAUUCUCACAUUCGCCGGUAGUUAGCCUUGGUUUUCCUGGUAGUCUCACUGCGGUGUUCAUUGACCUGGAAAAGAGAAUUUCAAACGGGCUUAGAUUAGCUCUUCAUCUCACUCGUGCCUUCAUAUGCAUUAACACAGUGGGGAGGGAUUUUACCCAUGACAAACCUGUCUCAGCACAACAUUUUGCCAAUUUGUUUUCUCUCUUCACUGCUCCACCACUGGCUGGAUGGUACGUACAAUGUUGUUUUUAAUCAAAUCCUAUGUGCUCACUUACUUUCUGUAAGGCCUGGUUCACGAAUCGGGUGCCAUUAUCACUGCCAGUUCUUUCUGGAAUUCCCCAUUGUGGAAUGAUUUCAGUGAGUAGUGCUUUUGCUACUGCACUAGCAUCUUGCUUUGAGGUUGGGAAUGCCUCAACCCAUUUUGAAAACAUGUCUAUAAUUACCAGACAAUAUCUCUUACCUUCACUGGGUGUUAACUCAAUGAAAUCCAUUUGUAAAUGUUCAAAUGGACGUUGUGGCGGUGGGUGAGGAGUUUUAACUCCUCUCCCUACAUUGUUUGUUGCACAAACGAGGCAUCUUUGACAAAAAAUUUGUGAGAAUGAGAGAAAGCCCUUAGUAUACCAGUGUUUCUGUAUUUCUGCACCCAUUCCCCCUUUUGACACAUGUCAAUUUCACAUAAAAUGGGGAAAGCUUUUGUGGGAAAUUUUUUGAAACUUAUACUUUUCAUACAUCUAAUCAUUAAUUACGUUUGAC